UGGUACCACUGGACUCCAAGCGAUGGAUUGGUUUUCUUGGCUCUCAAAAACUAGCCUGGACCCUUCCACUGCUUAUGACUAUGCCCUUACUUUUGCUCAAAACGAGCUGGAAGAAGAUGACAUAGCUCAUUUCAAUCAUGAAUUUCUUCAAAGCAUGGGCAUUUCUGUGGCGAAACACAGGCUCGAGAUUCUCAAAUUUGCAAGAAAAGACAAAACUAGAAGCCUACGUCCCCUGUUACGGCUUCUGAUUGCAGUCAAGCAAGCAAAGAACUAUGUUGCUAAGCAUAUUCGCGUCCGUGUCGGUCAGGAUAGCUCAGCUCAUACUAUGAUCCCAGUUCCACAGAUGAAUAAAAGUUCAAGAUGGAAGGCAGCUAUGCUGAGGGCGAAUAGGAAAUUGAUUCAGACAAGUAAGCGAGGUAGGCCUACGCUUCUUGCCAGUGGUACUAAUAGUAAUACUCCUCCAGUUGUGGCAGGUCAAGAAAUAUUGAUGCUCACAAAUGGAAGCCCUCUGGAGUCUGAUUCAAGUAGUAACAGUUCAUCUGACACUGACGUUCAAGAUUUCCAUUUUCACAAUGAAAAGUUGAACUGCAGUGAUGGUGAGUUUUGGUCGAAUGGUAUUGAAGAGCUCAAGUGGGAAACAAUGUUCCAAAAUCUGAAGCCCACAUGACGAUCCCAGUGCUUAUACAUCAUGUGGAAUUAAUUCUUUUGGCUCUUCCAUGCUCAAACUUGAGCAAUUUGUGUUCCAAAAUAAAAUGGUUUUGUCGUCUCCCUUUGCACGCCAUCAUGCCUCCUUACCGUUUCAGUAAUCGGAGAAUCACCUUGUAAUCAUAUCCGUACCAUACAUACCACGGGUAGUUCAUUUCCAAUUUUGCUCUUUCUUGUUUGGUCUGUAAUUAGCUUGGAAUUGACAAAAAUGGAUGAAGUCAGUUGCAGAUGUUUGGGUGCAGUAGCUUAGUUGCAACCCGUAACUUGUAAUGUUUCUUUAAUCUAGAUUAAUAUAAAUGUGAUGUUGUUAUCAA